AAGGCCCCCCCAGGUGAAGCCGGGGCGGUGGGGCCGGGGUCGGUACCGGCCCUCACUCAGCCCCCUCCCUUCCUCCCUUCCUCUCCGUUGCUGCUGCUGCUGCCGCUGCCGCCGCUCCCCUCUCACCCAUGUCCCAGGUCAGCAGCCACCGAUCGAGCCGCCCGGAGCCCCCCCGGGCCGAGCCCGCCCCAGCGACAGAGGCGGGCGAGACCUCACGGCCGUCACUAAGGGCAGCAGCAGCGGCAGAGCCCCGGGCACCUGCUCGCCCUGCGCCUGGCCCCGUGGCACCGAAGAAGGAGAAGCCCCUGGAAGAUGAUGAGUCCCAAAAAGUCGUGACAAAAGGCCCCCGGGCUGAGCUUGCAGGUGCCCCCGAAGCUGUGACAUGCCAGCCCCAGGUGCGAUCAGCCCCCAAGACCCCCAGCCCCUGCACCCACCUGCUGCAGAAUGGGGCUGGGCGUGGGGUGAGCCCAGGUGGUGCCAACGGGGAGGCAGGGAACGGUGCCCUCCGUGCCCUCCCCAGCAGCCAGAAGCCUCACCGGAAGCUGCAGUCCCACCACUCCAUCAGCAGCCAGAGCAGCAAGAAGAGCAAGGGCAGCUCCAAGUCGGCCUCUUCCCACAUCCCCAUUGAGGCACAAGAAGACUGCUGCGUCCACUGCAUCCUCUCCUGCCUCUUCUGCGAGUUCCUGACCCUCUGCAACAUCGUGCUGGACUGUGCCACCUGCGGCUCCUGCACCUCGGAGGACUCCUGCAUCUGCUGCUGCUGCUGCAACUCGGGCGAGUGCGCGGACUGCGACCUGCCCUGCGACAUGGACUGCGGCAUCAUCGACGCCUGCUGCGAGUCUGCCGACUGCCUGGAGAUCUGCAUGGAGUGCUGCGGGCUCUGCUUCUCCUCCUGAGGGCUGCCCGCACCGCGGGGGGGGGCACCGAGGGCGGCUGUUCCCCUCCCCGAGCUCUGCCAUAGCAGCCAAGGGUCCGCUCUGUCCCUGGACUGGUGAAGACUGAGCCUGGUGGAAGAGGAGAGUAAAAUCCAUCCCCUCCCCCCCCCCCGCCCUGCCCUCACCCCCGGCCUGCUGCAAGCCUCAACCGGCAGCUGGCAAGCUGGGCUUGGCUCCUGCCUGGGGAAGGGCUGGGGGACUCGGGACAGCUGGUGGCACGUCGGGUGGUCCAUCGGGUGGUCCAUCAGGCUCUACCUCUUCCCCCACACCGAGCUGCUUCACCAAGGACCAUAGGAGCCUCCUGCCACCUGAGCCGAGAGCAGGAGCACCCACCCCAGGCACCACAGAGCCCAUGGGUGCCACCCUGAGGUCCCGGCGUUGGGGACAGUCUGUCCUGCUGUCACCACCCCAGGACAGUGCUCUGGUUUGCACAGCAGGUGGCACAGAGCAUCCCCUCCCAAAGGACACCUCCGACGCUGGGCACAGCACAGAGCCUUGCUGAUGCCAAAGCCUUUAGCCAGGCUGGAGGGUCCUGUGCUGUGGGACACAUCCUGCCAGCCCCUUCCCUUCCUUGAAGCUGAGAUCUGCAGCCAAGUGCAAUACACACAGCCUGCUCCCCUCCUUGGUUCUCUGACCAGGAAGAAGCUUUUCCUUCACUGGUCCCAGCAUUAGGGCUGCAGCCAGGGCUGCUGGGAGCUGUGCCAAGCUGCUUUUGACCCCUAUGUGUCCCAAGGGUGGUGGGGCAGGGUGGCUCAGUUUGAUGCCAAAUGACCCCCAGUAGUCGUUGGCCUGAUCCCACAAGCCCAGGGACAAGGCCUGUGGCUGGGUGAGGGUAGGGGACACUCAGCUGAAGGGCUGGAGUGAGUGGGGGGGAGGGGGCCCAGGAUGUUAUUCUUCUGUCCCUUUCCUUUGUCACUGUAAAUAAAAGUCUGCCUCCAUUUCUGACCCACACUGCCCUCUCCUGCUGCACAGGACAC